AUGGAGGGAUUAAACUUAUCUGCUUAUAACUUCGGUAGCUAUCCUGGUUAUUUACCCUUUUACCAUGGGAACACUAAAUUCAAACACCCGAACUGGAGUAAAAAAUCCAAUUUCAGUGUGGUUUCCGAAAUUCCUGACUAUUUUGAAAUUUACAAACGUGCUCAGUUGAAGGCCAUAUUGUCUCAGGUGAACCCAAAUUUAACGCCUCGCCUACGCAAGGCCAACACCAAGGAGUUUGGGGUCCAGGUAAACCCCAAAGUAAACGCUACCGUUCAGUGUUCCCUCGGCCCCAAAACUUUGUCUUAUCGUGAAUACAGCUUGGGCUCACCCAAAGCCACCAGCCCUCUGAAGCGCGACCUCCCCGGUACCCCGGUGAACAGCGUGCGUUUCUCCCGUCCGGUUGCCAUCUACUCACCGGUCUUCGACCGCAGGUUUUUCUCUGUACCCGUCCGUGCCGAUGAACGCGAGGACGGUGAAAAGCUCGACCGUUCUGGUGGAGGGAGAGCCGCCGCAGCGGUCGAGGAGGAGGGGGACGGGGAGACCGACACCUGGCUGGAGAAUGAGCCCCAGCAGCGCAGCUCUCCGGCCAGUUGGGGACCAAAGAGGUUCAGCUUUCAGUUUCUGGAGCAGAAGUAUGGAUUUUACCACUGCAACAAGUGCAACAUUCGUUGGGAGAGUGCUUACGUGUGGUGCAUCUCUGGAACUUGCAAGGUUUACUUCAAGCAGCACUGCAGGAAGUGUCAGGCAGGACUGAACCCAUACCGAGUGGAGUCUAUUCAGUGCCAGACGUGUGAACAGACGCGCUGCCGCUGUGAGCAGAAGCCGAGGCACAUCGACAUGCGCCGGCCUCAUCGCCAGGACCUGUGCGGUCGUUGCAGGGGAAAGAGGUUGUCCUGCGACACCACCUACAGCUUUAAAUACAUAGUCUGAUCGCCCCUGCUGCUGGCCUUUUUAGAAUCGAUGUCAACGGAAGUGAAUUGAAUGUAUUUUUGUAUUGCUUGUAUUUAAACUCCAAAUAAAAUAUAAUUCAGCAUUA